AUGAAGGGACUCUUUGUCGGAUCCGCGCGGGACGAAGCCAUGAACCCCUGGCUGCUCCUGGCUCUGCUCGGACUCUGUUCAGCCAUCAGUCCCAGUAAACAGGAUGAGGAGGACUAUGAAGACGUGCCCAUAAAUAAGACCUGGGUGUUAUCACCAAAGGUCUAUGAGAGCGAUGUGACUCUGAUCCUGAACAAACUGCUGCACGGAUACGACAACAAGCUGCGGCCCGACAUCGGAGUGAGGCCGACAGUGAUUGAGACCGCCGUGUACGUCAACAGCAUCGGACCCGUUGACCCCAUCAACAUGGAGUACACUAUUGACAUCUUCUUCGCCCAAACGUGGUACGACAGCCGGCUGAAGUUCAACAGCACGAUGAAGCAGCUCAUGCUCAACAGCAACAUGGUAGGCAAAAUCUGGAUUCCCGACACGUUCUUCAGGAACUCCCGCAAAUCAGACGCCCACUGGAUCACCACGCCGAACCGCCUCCUGCGGCUGUGGAGUAAUGGACGAGUCAUGUACACUCUGAGGUUGACUAUUAAUGCGGAGUGUUACCUUAAGCUGCAUAACUUUCCAAUGGAUGAGCACUCGUGUCCUCUGGAGUUUUCAAGCUAUGGUUACCCAAAGAAUGAGAUCAUGUACAGGUGGCAGAGACGGGCGGUGGAGGUGGCAGACCAGCGGUACUGGAGACUCUACCAGUUUGCGUUUGUCGGAUUAAGGAACAGCACUGAUGUGGCACACACCCAAUCAGGAGAAUACGUCAUCAUGACGAUCUUCUUUGACCUGAGUCGGAGAAUGGGCUACUUCACCAUCCAGACCUACAUUCCCUGCAGUAUGAUCGUGGUCUUGUCCUGGGUCUCCUUCUGGAUCAACAAGGAUGCUGUCCCUGCUCGCACAUCUCUAGGUAUCACCACUGUGCUCACCAUGACGACUCUGAGCACCAUCUCCAGGAAGUCUCUCCCCAAGGUUUCCUAUGUCACGGCCAUGGACCUCUUUGUUUCUGUCUGCUUCAUCUUCACCUUCGCUGCCCUCAUGGAGUACGGCACUCUGCACUACUUCACAAGCAACAGACAGACCAAGAAAUCUAAAGCCAACAAUAACGCACAGAAAUCAUCCAGCAUGGUAAACAUCCGACCCGGCACGUCCCUGCUGCAGAUGAACAACAUCGUGCCCUAUCACGAGGAGCCUGACUACGCCUACGAGUGCUUGGAUGGAAAAGACUGCGCCAGCUUCUUCUGCUGUUUCGACGACUGCCGUUCAGGUGCCUGGCGCGAAAACAGGAUGCACGUACGGGUUUCCAAGAUAGAUUCCUACUCCCGAAUAUUCUUCCCCACUGCUUUUGGCCUUUUCAAUCUGGUUUAUUGGAUAGGUUAUCUUUAUCUAUAAAACCACCACCUCAAAAACAGGACGACUGGAGUUUGACGUCUGCAAGCAUUUCUCAGAUGUUAAGCUGCUCUUGU